AUACACCAGUCUCAAAAGGAUAUAAACAAAAUGAAAUCAAACAUAAACCACUCUUUCAAGAUGAAAGGUAAUUUUGAUUGUACAUGUCCUUGUGCUGGGUACGCACCAUUGAAGUCUACUGUGGAGAAAACAAGGCUGGAAGAAUCCUGCUCCUUGAAUUAUGAAAAAGGCCUUUCUAAAAGCUGUGCUGAAAAGCAUCAGAAAGUGCUCCUUAGUGACUCAUACCACGUGGCCACCAGAAAUCUAGAUCUUGAAGAUGAAGGACAACCUGUACAUAACAAAGAAAACAAACAAGUAACUGAGAGACUUGAUGAAGAUAGUUAUGAAAAGGAGGCACUGGAAAACAGUAAAUCUAAUGAGGACAGUGGUUAUUCCUCUAUGUUAAGUAAUCAAUACGCUGAUGUGAUAGAACAUGAGGAUAGUACGCCUUUGGCUGGGAAUCUCUGUGGCACACCAAAGCAUUGUCUCAUGAAGAACCAAAACCAAGCACAGUUUUCAAAGAAGACUUUGUUGCCAGUAAUUCAUUAUGAAGAAAUGGUUUGUUCAACUUUGAAAAAAAGUGGUAGAAGAAAUCUCAAGUCUUGGGCUGCGAUAGACAGAAUUGCUUUUAGGGGAGAGGUUGAACUUUGUAACCUAAUUGGAAAGAAAAUGGGACUAGACAGAAUAGACAUUAUUGGAGAGCUUUUCCAAAAGAACCUGAAGCAUAUAUUAGCAAACAUCUUAAGGCGUCUUGGUGAGAUGGAUUUAAUAAAUUUUGCCAAAGUCAGCCCUACAUGGCUGAAGAUUCUCCAAGAAGAUAAAUGGAUUUUCCAAAUGUAUAGUAAAGCUGUGAAAAACCUUUUGAAUGGCACUAAGGCAUCAGAAGAUGCUGGAACAAGGGAGUAUUGUCUCUACCGGGUGGCUUUAACUUCCCUUCAGAAAGCAAUCCCACCAAAGAAUUUAAAUAAAAAAGGUACCAGAUCCAAAGCAUCUAAGAAUCACACCAGGCUCAUGGAGUUUUCUGAGGCUGCCAAGACCUUAAAAAACUCUGAAAGCCUUAAAGUCUGUCAUCGCUGUGGCUUCCCUGCAAAAUAUGACUCCUUUCUAGAAAGAGCAAUAUGCAAUCGUGAAAGUUGUGGCUUUGACUUUUGCACUAAGUGCCUGUGCAACUAUCACAAGUCCAGUGACUGUAUGAGUGGCAAACCAGUGAAAAGCAGCUUGAAGCUAGGGCCGCUACCUGGGACUAAGAAAAGCAAGCAGAAUCUACGGCGACUAUAA